AUGACGGACAAAACCGAUCAGAUCAUUGUUGUCGGCCACCGCAAUCCAGAUACAGAUGCAAUUACAGCUGCACUGGUCUAUGCUGAUUUUCUUCGCCGUAUGAAUGUUAAUGCUAAAGCGUAUCGACUUGGUGACCUUAAUAACGAAACAAAAUUUGUACUGCAAACAGCUGGCGUCGAACAACCAGACAUGAUACCUGAUAAUAUUCCCGAAGGUACACAAGUAGCACUAGUCGACCAUAAUGAGAGUCAACAAUCAAUGAAAGACUUGAAAAAAAUGCGUGUUUCACAUGUUGUCGAUCAUCAUAAACUUGGUGAUUUAACAACAUCGGAACCAGUUUAUCUACGGUUCGAACCAGUUGGCUGUACAGGAACGAUUCUAACCAAAAUAUUUCGUGAAAAUCAUUUAGACAUCGAUCAGAAAACAGCGACGUUGUUACUUAGUGCUAUUCUCAGCGAUACGCUUCAUUUUCGAUCACCGACAACAACUGAUGACGAUAAGAAAGUGGUUGAAUAUUUACAUCCAUUAGCUAAAAUUGAUGACAUACAAGCGUAUGCUGGUAAAUUAUUCGAGGCUAAAAGUGAUUUAACCGGAUUUUCAGCGAGUCAAAUUCUUCUACUCGAUUUCAAAACAUUUCCAUUUCAAAAUGAACACUGGGCAGUCGGAACAGCUGAAACAUGUAAUACUGAUAAAAUUCUUGAACGAAAAGAUGAAUUUCUCAAAGUAAUGAUUGAAGAAAAGAAGAAACAUAAGUUAAACGGCUUUCUUUUCUGUGUCGUGGAUAUUCUCAAAGAAAAGAACUUAACUCUGAUACCUACUGAAGACGAAGACAAAGUAGUACGACAAGCAUUCAAAGUUGACAUCAAAGAUGGUAUUGCCGACCUUGGCUCUAACAUCAGUCGGAAGAAACAAAUCGUUCCCACACUCGAAGCAUACUUCAAUGGCAAAAAUAAAUAA